CACAGCCAACUGCAAAUAACGUUAAAACUGUGCUGGGCCCAGCAGAAGUGAGUCAUCCAAGUAAUAUUUUUCCUUGUAGAAUGAUUCCAUCAGCUAUUCCUUCAUCAUCAAGGUCAACUGACUGUCUAAUGCUUGAUAUUGCGAAUGACGAUGGAUUGCAUCCUACAUCCCAGGAACCGAAAUCCAAUUUGAGUUUGGCCAUUCAUCGUUAUUUCACCUUUCCACUCCAGUUUCGCCGGCUCUUCCCACUUGAACUGCUCCACACGCUGUCGGAUCUGGGCUUCUACUUUGCCAAUGAACGUGUAAAUUGCAACUUUUGUGGGUUCAUCAUAACUACUGGGCAAUUGUCUGAAUACUUUAGUCACGGUUUAGAACAUGUUCAAAAGGUCAUUCCCGAAUUUCACAAAAACUGUAAGAUCGGCGGCGAUGAUUCGGAAAAUGUGCCGAUGGGAAAGAGUUUGAAUGACCAUCUUAAUUACAAAUACGAGGCCCACCGUCUGUACUCGCUGCUGAAAAAGGUCGACUGGCAGUUCGUUGAGCCCUUCAGUUUGGCAAAAAGCGGAUUUUUCUACUCUGGACAUGAAGACAACGUGAUUUGCGCAUUUUGCAAUUUGGAAGUCCGAGGUUGGGAGAAGGGAGACACGCCGGACGGAGAACACAGGCGUUGGAACCCAAAUUGCCCCUUUUUGUGCGAUUGCAAGAGCGUCAUUAACAUUUCGAUCGGAAGCGAGCAAAUUGAAGGAAAACCUGCCAAUGGCCUUUCCAAGAUGAAUAUUGGCAGAAACCCUUUUGCUUUGACUAAGGGACUACAAAAUUACGGGCCAAAUAUUCAUUUCGUGAUAAAAAGCAACCUUUUCUUGGUGACUCCUCGCGACUUGAAUAUUCAAGAUUGGUCCGAACCUUUGAACCUGAAAUUUGCCACCUUGAACAGCCGACUCAAUUCUUUUAAAGGUUUUUGGCCGAGAUGUCUCAAUCAAACUCUAAUUGCAAUGGCUCGCGCUGGUUUCUUUUACACCGGAACUGGAGAUCGAGCCAUUUGCUUCCAUUGUAAUUUGGGCUUGAAAGACUGGGACCCUAACGACGACCCUUUCGUCCAACAUUGUAAAUGGAACUCGAAUUGCCAAUAUAUCAGCAGGAUGAGCAAAGUGGAGCGUAGUAAGGACGAAAUCACGAACGCACCUGCUAAAAGAUGCACCGACGGCGAUAUUCUUUGUCUCAAAUGCAGGGUGGAAAAUGUGUCCAAAGUAAAUUUGCCCUGCGGACACAUGACAUUUUGCAAUUCCUGCUCUGCAAAAUCUUGCUUAGUUUGUCGAAGCGAUAUAAUUGCAGAAAUCAAUGUUCUUGGCUUUUCUGCCAGUGAGGCUGACGAGACAAACGAUGAGGAAAUCCUCUCCAGCCUCACUGAUGAGUCCAAGGAUAGGCCGAAACAAAAAUCGCUUUGUCUGAGGAUAUGAGGAUAUAUUAUGAAAAAAGUGUGUCAAUUCUUCUUGAAACUCAGAUAUAUUUGUUCAUCAUGUUUGACUAAUUGCUAUACUUAGACUAAUGAUGCAAUCUAUAACGAGCGCGUUAACCAUUAAUACUCACUGUCUAUUAUACAAAGCAUUGGCUUUUUUGUUAAUUUGAGAAACAUUACUUAUAGCUCACAUAACAACUCUUUACUUUUUAGAUUUGCUGUAUGUGCAGACCAUGUUCUUAUAUGUUAUAUGAUUUUUAGUGUAUACACGAAAUAAAGAUUUAAAUUA